GAAGGGUUGGGGCAAACACUUCGGUAGUUAGCUUACUGAUAAGUUCCCGUAAAGAGUUAUCUAGACAUAACAUGCAUAUCAAAGCUAUUUUGGCCGUAUUAACUGUCCUUAUUGUGACCUUGGUCGCAGGACAAAAUCGGAACUGCGAUGAGUUGACCAGGAGCUGUGAACGCUGCGUGGAAAGGUUGAAUAACCGAAAUGAUCGGGACCUGCCAACCUUCAAUAGUCAGUGCAGGGAAAGGACCCGAAGGAACUGGCGCUGGAGGAACGUAGGACGUUGUGAGCUCACCAGACUGAACUGCUUGGGAGCGGAUCGACGCAUGAACUGUAAUGACAUUGCUGAGAUUGCUGGCAUGGACCGUGUUAACUAAACAAACUCACAUAUUGAUAAAAUGAUUGAUAAUAAAAAUCUAGAGAGCAUUGAAAUA